AUGGAGGAGCAGGAGCCGCCGCUUCACACAGCUGCUGCCGGCGCCACUGAGUUGAGCAAUAAACCUCCUCUUUAUGUAGGCGGGAACGAAGACUAUGCGCAGGUGAAGAGCUUUGAUGCGCUCCGAAGUAUGUUUUGGAUAGAGACGGUGAAGUUGUGGCAAAUGGCCGGUUCGGCAGUGAUCACCAUCAUAUGUAUGUACGGGACUAACGCAGUCAUCCUGCUCUUUGCCGGUCAUCUAGGAACUAUCCAGCUCUCCGCUAUCUCUAUUUCUUUAGCCGUGAUUUCCACAUUCACUGAUGGACUGAUGCUUGGGAUGGCGAGUGCUCUAGAGACCUUGUGUGGACAAGCAUUUGGCGCUGGACAAGUUCAUAUGCUUGGGAUUUACCUGCAACGAUCCUGGAUAAUCCUAUUUGUAACCACCCUCUUCAUUUUGCCGAUUUACAUCUUCGCGGCACCAAUUUUAAAGUUGCUAGGCCAAGAAGACGACAUAGCGAAUCUAGCAGGAAAAUUCACACUCCAAAUAAUCCCCCAAUUGUUCUCACUUGCCAUAAAUUUCCCAGCUCAGAAGUUCCUCCAGGCUCAGAGGAAGGUGAAGAUGCUGGCAUGGAUUGCAAUGUUGGCCCUGGUCAUACACAUUGGAAUGAUAGCGCUCUUCAUGUAUGUGUUUAAUUGGGGCACAUUGGGGGCAGCUGUGUCAUUUAACAUCACAAGAUGGGCGAUUGCAAUUGCACAGGUUGUGUAUAUUAUGGGUUGGUGCAAAGAGGGUUGGACUGGAUUUUCAUGGAUGGCAUUGAAUGAGAUGUGGGCGUUUGUGAGACUUUCUCUUGCGUCUGCGGCCAUGCUCUGCCUUGAGAUUUGGUACAUGAUGAGUAUACUCAUUCUCACAGGCCGUCUUCCUAACGCAGUUAUAGCUCUUGGUUCCCUUUCUAUUUGCAUGAACAUCAACGGGUGGGAGGCAAUGUUGUUUGUUGGAAUCUAUAUUGCAAUAAGUGUUCGUGUUUCCAAUGAGCUUGGGUCAGGACGUCCUAGGGCAACAAAAUACUCUAUUUAUGUGACAGUACUUCAGUCUCUCCUAAUUGGAAUUCUUUUCAUGACUAUUAUUUUGAUAACUAAAGAUGACUUCGCCAUGAUUUUCACAAGUGACAAGGAGUUGCAACAAGCGGUUUCUAAGUUGGCAUAUCUUCUUGGUAUAACUAUGGUGCUCAACAGUGUCCAACUAGUAAUCUCAGGUGUUGCAGUUGGAUGUGGAUGGCAAACAAUGGUUGCCUACAUAAACUUGGGUUGUUACUACAUUUUUGGUCUUCCUUUUGGAUACCUUCUUUGCCAUGUUGCAAACUGGGGAGUCAAGGGAUUCUGGGUGGGCAUGAUAUGUGGAACUGUUCUUCAAACCCUACUUCUGCUAAUUAUACUUUACAAAACCAACUGGAACAAAGAGGUGGAGCAAGCAUCAACGCGCGUCCGGAAGUGGGGCGGGCAAGGCAUCAAAACUGAGAAUGGAACUGAAAGUAUAGAGGAUUAG